GCAUCCGACUUCUACGUGGAGAUGAAGUGGGAAUUCACCAGUUGGGUGCCCCUGGUGUCCAAGGUGUGUCCCAGCGACGUGUACCGCGUGUGGAAGCGCGGCGAGAGCCUGCGGGUGGACACCACCCUGCUGGGCUUCGAGCACAUGACGUGGCAGCGCGGCCGCCGCAGCUACAUCUUCAAGGGGGAAGACGAGGGGGCCGUGGUGAUGGAGGUGGACCACGACAAGCAGGUGGUGUACACGGAGACGCUGGCGCUGGCCCUGCACGAGCCCGAGCUGCUGCUGGCGGCCAUGCAGCCCAGCGAGGAGCACGUGGCCGGCCGGCUCACCUCGCCCAUCGUGUCCACGCACCUGGACACCCGGAACAUCGCCUUCGAGAGGAACAAGUCUGGGAUCUGGGGCUGGCGCUCAGAGAAGAUGGAGGUGGUCAGUGGCUACGAGGCCAAGGUGUACAGUGCCAGCAACGUGGAGCUGGUCACCAAGACCAGGACGGAGCAUCUCUCCGACCAGGACAAGUCACGCAGCAAAGGCUCCAAGACCCCCUUCCACUCCUUCCUGGGCAUCGCACAGCAGCACGGCACCCACAACGGGGCACCCGUCCUGCAGGCUGCCAGCCCCACCAACCCCACGGCCAUCACCCCCGAGGAGUACUUCGACCCCCACUUUGACCUGGAGACCCGCAACAUCGGGCGCCCCAUCGAGAUGUCCAGCAAGGUGCAGAGGUUCAAGGCGACGCUGUGGCUGUGCGAGCAGCACCCGCUGUCGCUGGCGGAGCAGGUGACGCCUAUCAUCGACCUCAUGGCCAUCUCCAACGCCCACUUCGCCAAACUGCGCGACUUCAUCACCCUCAAGCUGCCCCCUGGCUUCCCUGUCAAGAUCGAGAUCCCCUUGUUCCACGUGCUCAACGCCCGCAUCACCUUCAGCAACCUGUGUGGCUGUGACCAGCCCCUGGGCUCCGUGCGGAUCUGCGCCCCCCAGGAGCCCCCCGGUGCCCACCCC